UCUUCACCAAUGUGUAGAAAACUGCGAUUUACAGUGGUCAGACGCGAUCAGUAUCAUAAAAAGUUUCACGAAAAGGAUUAUCCUGAUCAUCUGAUGAACGACAAGGCAGAGGUGUUUUUGUUCUUACAGAGUUUUAUUGUUUGUAAAUGAAGUGGUCUCCGUAGUUUUCUGAGAAUGAAGGAGUCGGUUCUGCUGAAUGUGGGUUUCUUCACCAAAUCAUGCGUCGUGCUCGUGUGCCUCUGCGGGGUUCACCUCAUCGUUGCAUUGUUUUUUUAUUUAACAGAGUCGCCUAUGACAUUUACGAAUUACCGACUAAUUCAAUCAGACUCUGAUCAAUUUAAUUCACAAACUCAUAGCACUGCCGCACUUGGCAUCCAGUAUGACAAUGGGACAGAGGUAGAUGUAAAUAAACUGAUCUAUACUAAUGGAAGUGUCAUUAAAUAUGACGUGGUAGAGGAGGCCGCAGUACUAGAAUCAUGUCCUGAGACGUCACCACUUUUGGUGGGUCUACUGCGAGUUGAAUUUUCUGAGCCGGUAAAUCUGGAUAUGGUGCGUAAAGGCAAUCCACAGCUGGUGAUGGGUGGCAGGUAUAAACCCAGCGAUUGUUUGGCUCUGCAAAAAGUGGCAAUAAUCAUCCCAUUCAGAAACAGAGGUGAACACCUGAAGUACUGGCUCCACUACCUUCACCCCAUCCUACAGAGACAACAGCUGGAUUAUGGGAUUUAUGUCAUACAACAGGAUGGGGAGGACACAUUCAACAGGGCGAAACUGCUCAACGUGGGUUACGCAGAGGCUCUAAAGGAGUACGAUUAUGACUGUUUCAUCUUCAGUGAUGUAGACAUCAUCCCCAUGGAUGACCGCAACACCUACAAGUGUUCUAGCCAGCCACGCCACCUCUCUGUGUCCAUGGACAAGUUUGGUUUUAGGUUACCAUAUAAACAGUAUUUUGGGGGUGUAUCAGCAAUCAGUAUAGAGCAGUUUCAAAAGAUCAAUGGUUUUCCCAAUAACUACUGGGGCUGGGGAGGAGAAGACGAUGACAUCUUUAACAGGCUGGUAUUUCGAGGCAUGAAAAUAUCAAGGCCGAGUGGAGACAUUGGUAAAUGUAGAAUGAUUCGUCACUCGAGAGACACGAAAAAUGAGCCAAACCCACAGAGAUUUAAGAGAAUUGUUCACACACGACAGACAAUGAACACGGAUGGCAUCAAAUCACUCAGAUACAAAGUGAUAGAUAUAGAGAAAGACCAGCUCUUCACCAAAAUCACAGUGGACAUCGGCAAGCCAUGAAACUCUAGAGCUCUGAAGAAAUAGAUGUUUUUCAUAGGAUAAAAUGGAUCUGAAAUUAAAGGGGUCCUAUUAUGCUUUUUCACUUUUUCAACUUUAGU